CUCCGCCCCCACCGACCACUCCGACGCUGGCCCCGCCCCUCAGCGGCCGCCCCUGCCAAUGGCCCCGCCCCUCGCCGUCCGCCCGGACGCUGGCCCCGCCCCGCUCACGGCUCUGCCCGCCCCCUCCCUGCGAACUACGGGGGCGGGGCCGCGCGGUUGUCCGGGCGACGCGCAGUGUUUGAGCUUGCGGGUGUCCAGACGUCGCAUGGCGGGCCCGCUCGGGUCGGGGCCGUGCCGCUCGCAGGCUCCGCCCGAGCAGCCGCUGCGGGUGAAGGUGGUCGGACUCUUCAGGAGUCCCAGCUUUCAGAUUGCGAAGGGCGCCGCCGAGAGUCUGAAGAGUACUUAUCCAUCCAAGUUUGCGGACCCCGAAAUAGUUCCUCUUCAAGAAUUUGCAUGGGAUCAGUAUCUACAGGAGAAAAAACGGGAACUCAAGAAUGAAGUCUGGGAAUAUUCUUCCUACGUGAUGUGUUUUGUUAACGAUCAGCUCCUGGGGGACGCACUUGACCUUCAGAAAUGGGCGCGCAGUGUGUGGGAUAUAGUUGAUUUCAAGCCCCCUGCACUUUAUGAGGCACUUACUGUGGAUUUUUCUGCUAAAUUCUUAAGGGACACCAAGCAUGAUUUUGUGUUCUUGGACAUUUCUAUUGACUUCUGUCCAAUUGGAAGAUUGGUUUUUGAGCUAUACUGCGAUGCAUGUCCCAAAACAUGUAAAAAUUUCCAGAUGUUAUGCACAGGAAAAGCAGGGUUUUCGCAAAGCGGCGUCAGACUGCAUUACGCAGGCUCAGUCCUUCAUCGGGUAGUGCGGAGCGGCUGGGUACAAGGAGGGGAUGAAAACUUUUCAGUUCCUCAUAAUAAAAGGGGAGUUCUCGGAAUGGUCAACAAAGGCCGUCACAGCAACGCAUCACAAUUCUACAUCACACUGCAGCCAGCUCCCUACCUCGAUAGAAAAUAUGUGGCUUUUGGGCAGUUGAUUGAAGGAACGAAAGUUCUUCAGCAACUCGAGCUGAUUCCAACAGAGAAUGAAAGACCAACACAGCAAUGCAUAAUCAUCGACAGUGGAGAUCUUUACGCCUGAUUUUCGGGUCAUUAUUUUCUGACAAUUAUGUAUCUGAUCAGCUGUUCUUAGGUUUAAUUAAACAGUGCUCGACAAAAUAAAAGCUGCAGCUGACACAGCAGGGAGGCUCACCCAGCACCCAACACCCUCCCCACUUUCCUUUUGUGCCUCUGCCAUGCAGACCAUGACAGCAGGGCACCCAGUUUCCAGCCUCCUCUGCAGCCAGGAGGGCCAGGGGACGGUGAGGCAGGGCAGCCGGCAGUCCUGCCCCUCUCCCGCCACCUAACCUUGACCGCAGAGAGGCUGGGCCGUGAAGGAGACGCGGGAGAGCUGCAGAGGCGGCAGCGCCAACUCUCGAGUCGCUGAACGAGGGCCAGCAGCUGCCACCUAUGUCCGGACCUCUCAGUACUUGAGACAAAUAGACCCUGUUCGUUUGUGUUACUGUCAGUUUAAUAUCUUGCCACUUUAGCAGCAGUACCUAAUGGCCUCCGGAUCCUAAAACAUUUGUAACAGAAUCAUGCUGUUUGUAACUACAUUUCUGCUGUGAGAAAUUUGGUAAAUAACCAAAAGAGAAGCAAUAGCAAAAAAAAAAAUCGUGAUAUUUCAUUGUUUAUACAUAGCAUUCAGGAAAGGGUAUACAUUUUGGAUGUUUUUACAUGUCAGGAAAAGAUGCUUGUCUCUGGGCCACACCAACUCCGUGCAAAUCAACAGCUUGGGUUGGUCAUCACCAUCCAAACCUGGUGUGGUUGAUUCUCUGUGUUAUUGGGGAUCCUGCUGUAUCAGCUGCUCCUUAAUCUGAGAUCCUCAAACCCAUGUCACCUGGGGUGCCUUUUAAAGAGACUGGGGGAGCCUGUCGGCGGCUGAGUCAGUGUCUAGCAGGGUCCAGGAUUCGUGCAUUUGUCCAGCUUUCUCCCCAGGAGUUCUUGUUUUGCCAGCAGAGAGCUCGUCAUUUGCGAGUCAGCAUAGGUGUGAGCAGCUGGUCUCGGCCGCUUUGUGAAAUCAGUGAUGUGCGGAACCUGUUAAUGGUGACCUUGGCCCGCGGCUGCCAAGCUGCCGUCCCACCCAGCUCUGCUCACAGCCACUUAACUUUCCUGCUCCAGUGAUCCCUCUUUGAGCCAAUCUUCAGGAGACAGGCCCUAAUGGACUUGGGGCUUGCAAAAGGGAGGCAUAUGCUUGUUUUUUUUUUAACUUUGCAUUUUGAAAUGAUUGUAGAUUUUCUGGAAGUUGCAAAAAUAGCACAGCUCAGUCCUGUGUACCAUUCAUCCAUUAUCCUCAAUGGGAACAUCUUACAUAACGAUAGUACGAUUAUCAAAACCAGGCAAUUGACAUUGGUACAAUGUGUGUGUGUCAUUUUAUCGUGGGUAGUUUUGUGGGACCGACACCACAAGCAAGACAGAGAACCACAGAGACCCCCCGUGGGCAACCCCUUUAGAGUUAGACCCACUUCCUUGCCCCUGACCAUCUCUAACGCCUGACAACUGGCAUGUGCUUGUUUUUUUAGUGCUUUGUUGCUCUAUGUCAUACGCUUUUAUUCUAACCUCUGAGGUGAAUGGGAAAAGCAUGGUGCCUCUGUCACAU